AUGUCACACUCGCCCUCUCCCGACCUGCACGUCGCCGACGUCGACCUGGCCACCGACUGGGACGAGCUGAUAGAGAGCUACUGGGAGGCCUGGAAGCAUCCGCGACAGGCCGUGGGCGAGCUGACCUUUGCGCACCUGGGGAGCAACACCGCCGCCGAGGCGCAGGCGCUCGCCGACGUCAAGCGGACGCUGCUGCGGGCGGCGCAGGACGACCGCGAGGGCACGCGCUGGGUCAAAUGCAUCCAUGUGCCCUCGGGGCGCAUCGUCGGCGGCGCCAUGUUCCAGGUCCAUCGCCGCAACCCCUACCGCGCAGGCCUGCCGCCGCUGCAGGCUACCUGGUUCCCUGAGGGCAGCGAGCUGCGCGGGCUAAGCGAGGCCAUGUACGCCCAGCUGUGGGCCUGGCGACCGCGGCUGAUGAGCGACGCGCAUAUCUGCGGAAACGCGCUCUGGGUGCUCCCUGCCUAUCGCUCGCAAGGCGCCGCUACGCGCCUGAUGGACUACGCGAUCCCCAUCUUCGACUCCCUGCAGCUGGAGGCCUACGUCGAGGGCACCGCCAUCAGCACGCCGCUCUACCUCAAGUACGGGUUCGUCGUGAUCGCCUACGCCAACAUGGUCUUCGUGCCGCCGGCGAAUCCCAGCUCAACCUGGACGCGCAUGGUCCGCGACAUUUAG